UUUCCAGGUCUGGUUGAGCCUCUUCAUCCAAGAUGGCGGCUGCCGCGGAGCAUCCCUCGCCUGAGGCGGCCAAGCCCUUACUCGGGCUCCUAAAUGGGAUCGCUCAGGCCACCUACUAUGGCAACACGGAGAUCACGGAGGAGCUGCUGCGGGAGCAGCUUUACCCUGAAACGGCGUCGCAGGAAUUUGGAGUUCUGCUGGCUAAAAUGAAGGGAAUAGUCAAGUCAAUAGCUUCAGCUGACAUGGAUUCAAAUCAACUAGAAGCUUUUCUGACUGCACAAACAAAGAAACCAGGAGGAAUCACAACUGAUCAUGCUACAGUUAUUGCAAAAUUUUGGAAGAACCAGCGAGCAAAAAUUCAUGAGCGUCUGAUAAAUCAAAGCAAGUGGGAAAAUAGCUUGAAAAAUGUAAGCUGGAGAGUAGAUUUAAAAACGCAGUCAAGACACAUCGACCAGAUGAACAGCCCUGUGGCAAUAGUUGAAAUGGAACUUGAGAAAAAUGGGCAGCCAACCUCAAAGCAGAGAAAAGCAACACCAAACCACAAAGACAAAAUGGAGAUUUCCCUCUCCUCUUGUAAAAGCUUACCUGCUAGGGGAAACCCACCCACCUGAAUGGCUUCUCAGCAUUCAUUUUCCUGGUUUACCUGAAUUGACAGGAAUCUGAGCUUUUGACUGUGGAAUUUGAUGAGAUCAAAUUGAAUGAAAUGUUGAAGAAGCUUUCAGAGAUUGAAGACAGCAUUAUUUCUCUGACCCAAGCAUCCUGACUUUUCAGUUAAAACAGUGACUCAUACUAAGGUUGAUUUUAGUUACAUGUGUAGAUUAUUUUGGACAUCACGCUGUUUGUUGCAGCAAUGUUUGAAAACGUAUGCAUAAAUAUGGGAUCAAACAGGAAAAAAUGGUAACUGAGGCAAUGCAAAGAUAUAUAUUAAAACAAAAGAACAUCGUUGGAUUCAUUUAAAGAAAAUACUUCUGCAGAAAAAUGAGGAAUGUUGCUAUUACAUGCUUUUUUUCCCCAGAGCCAUUGACAGUCAGAGACAGAGUUCCUCUGACUCUAAUUAGGAAACAUGUAAAAACAGAAAAUAGUUCAAAGAUGAGAAGUCUUGUUCAAGCAUUUUCUUGAGUUGGCAUUGCCAUCUGUAUAGUGAAAGAGCAAAUGUAUCUCCCAUUAUUCUACCGUAACAUCUGGCACAGGAAUGAGAAAAGCGUUGGGUGCACGCUUGAUGAAUUUACAGCACACCCAAGUGGAACCCCCAACUGCUUCAUCAAGUGAAUUUUCAGCAAUGGCUGUUAUAUGUUUGUAGAUCCAGGAGAGGGAAUCCCAUAAAAAAUUUCUGGUUUUUUAAUUUCUCUUCGUAUUUUCCCCAGUUCAAAAAGGGUUGCUACUUGAGGAAAAUGAAACAGUAGUAUAUUUUAGUUUCAUCUUCUUUUUCUAGAACAGUGUGGGAAAUUUCAGAUUCCCAUGCUAGAAAUAAUUACUUAAUCAUUUAUAAAAGCUACAUAGCGUUCAUUACCAAUAGAGAGUAAAUGCGUAUUCAUGAGAGUUUUCAGCACUGACUGCUUCAUUAUCUAAAGCAAUGUGGUAUUGUGUACUACAGAACUGAUUGAAAAUGUACAGUAUAUGACAAAACAUUAAAGAGACAUGGAUAUAAACUCUA